AUGAGAUUUAUCGAGAAACUUUCUCCCGAAAUGUCUUCCAGUUAUUCUGGCCUAAGUUCUUCUGUUGUGAAGUCUGCCACUGAAGAGUUCCUUUCUGACCUCACUUUUUUUCCCAUUGGGUCGUUAAGCUCAAUAGAUACGACGAGGUUUGUUGUGAUUGUUGGCACUAUCAAGAGUUUUGCAUCGAAUAAUGAGUGGUUUUACAACGCGUGCACAAACUGCAACAAAAAGGUUUCAACCGUUACUGUUGUUAAAGAAAAGCAUGAUGGUACUGAUGGUUUUGAAGAGGUUACUGUCUUGGAAUGCAAGACUGAUAUUUGUAAUACAAGGACCGUUUCAUCAAUUCCACGAAUUAGGCUUUAUAUACGUGUCCAAGAUUGCACUGGUAUUGUGAGUCUAACAUUGUUUGAGCGUGAGGUGACAAAGCUUUUGAAGGUUAAUGCUAAUCAGCUUUUAGACAACAACAUUGAAUUAGCAAACGAAGGAAGCUUUCCAAAGGAGCUAAAUUCAUUACUCAAUAUGAAGUUUGCCUUCAAGAUUGAUGUUUCUUCUUUUAACAUCACCAAGAAGUCUGAUGGAUACUCAGUCUCGAAGAUGACUGAUAACCCGGUUGUUUUGUCCGAGCUUGAUAAACAUUUUGACACUAUUCAGCCUAUUGAUGAGGAAGCCGUCAAUGUCGAACCAUCCGAUUCAAAUCGUAAUGAUGAUUUGCCUGUUAAGGAUUCUAUAUCCCAAACGGGAGACGAUGUAACCCCUUGCUCAAAUGUGUUUAAAGUUGGCUUUACAACAUCGUUUGAUCAGAAGGAUGCUGACUUUGAUACGAGCAGCGAGCGUGACUUGAAGCGCAAUUUGGAUACCGUGUAUGACGUGGAUGAUGUAUCUUCGCAGUCUUCGUCGAAGUCGCGUAAAGAUGGUGGUGUGGAUGCAGUUCUUCUAAUUCCAAAGAAAGAAAAGUAG